AUGGACCUGCAGCUCCAUAAGCAAGGCAACAACUCGACUUGGGCUGCGCGCAACCCCGGUCGUCCAGUUAUCCCUACCCGUCUCAAGGGUGCACCUUUGACACAGGCAGAAAAAGCCUCUCGUGCCCUCAAGGCAGCCCAACGGAAAAAAAGUGAGAAGGCACUUGAUGACACCAUCAGCAGUUUCCUUGACGACCAGGACAAAAAAAUGAAGGAUAUUGGCGCAUUGCACAGCGUUACUGAAGCCCACGUCAAGAAACUGAUCACCUACCACACACACUACAAGAACUCCCGCGGACCUCAACUCUUCAAUGCACUGGUUCAUGCUAAGAACCAGGAGGUCAAUGGAGGUUUGUUUUGCGUAAGCAAGUUGAAGAUACAGGAGAUUCGCCAGAUGGUGACAUCCGAUCCAUCCAUGCAGAAGGAGAAUUUGACCGAUGGAGAGAUCAAAGAAUAUAUAGCUCAGCUCCAGGAGCAUCAGUCGCUCAAAACUGGUGGUUUGCGCAGCAAUAACAUAGCUGCAGCACAAGAUGUUAACGCUACUACUGACAGAAUUCGACGAGAGCUUGAUGGGUUACGCAAGCAAUGUGGCACCUACGCCACAUUCUUUAUUGCAGGAGGGCACGUAAACGAUCAGACACCAGCAACAUGGUAUGCGACAGAUGAUGCCGCAGACUUUUGGGAAGAUGUCUUGGACCUCAUGUUGAAUGAUGUUGCGCGCAAGUUUGACCAAUUGGUGUGUAGCCAGGGCAAAAGUACCCUCGAAAACAUGCAGAAGCAAGUUGGACGACUCAUCCUCAGCGGUCUACGCCAAAUGACGGGCAAGGACAACAUCGGCAUGAAUUACCCAAACUACAUCAAAUCAAUUGUCCUAUCCUACAGUAUAGUCCUUGAUGGCUGGCCUGCAACUAUUCCUUUCACGUCGCCCUGGAAUAUCCAUACUGUCUGUGAAAUACAGGAGUUGCGUGAUGCUCUUAAGGCCGGGACUUGCGCUUGGAAGAGAUUGACAAAGACCGAGCUCGAAAAGUAUAAGGAGGAUCUUGAGCGACGUCGGGCAGCAGGAGAAACGGUUGGCAAACCUCGCAAGAAGCGCUCCAACUCGGGGACGUCUCGCAAAUGCAAGAACAUGCAGCGAGAGGACACUGAAGGUGAGUGUUCUGCAAAGAAGUCGAGGAGGUCCAACAAGACAGGAAAAGUGUCACGUCUGGAACCAAAGAGUCGCGAGAUUAUCGAGAGCAGCGACAAAGAGGCUUCCAUCAAUGGAGAAGACCUGGAUUAG